AUGACUACAACACAUAUAGAUAAUGUUGAAUUAAAAAAUUUUAUACAUUUUACUGAUUUAGCUGAAGAAUCAUUAGAAAUAUUUCCGCCUAUUCAAGGAUAUGAACAAGUACCAUUAGUAACACUUGAUGAAGCUAUCGAACCAUUAUUAUCUAUUGUACCUGAUAUAAAACAAAUGUUAUGUAUUAUAAAAGAAAAUUGUCAAGAAAUAAAAGAUGAUUUAACAAUAAAUGAAUCAGCAUCAAUUAUGUUAUAUACAAUUAAUUGGCAACCAAAAGAAUAUUCAUUAAAUGUUAUUUUAAAUCGAACUUUACGUGAUGAGAAUCGUGAAAAAUUAAAACCAUGGUAUCUCUAUUUAAAAUUAUUCAUGAAAGCAUUAUCAAAACUUCCAUCAAUACAUUGUUAUGUUUAUCGUGGUAUUCAGAUGGAUUUAAGUUUAGAAUAUCCACAAGGAAAAACAUUUAUUUGGUGGGGAUUUUCAUUAUGUACUCGAUCGUUAAAUAUAUUUGAAAAUGAACAAGAUUUAAAUAGACAAGAACAAAGAACACGAUUUAAAAUUGAAUGUAAAUCAGCUAAAGAUAUUCGUAAUCAUUCAUUUUAUAAAAUAAAUGAUCAAAUUCUUUUAUUAUCAGCACAACGUUAUAAAGUUAUAUCAUCUCUUAAUUCCUCGAAUGGUCUUCAUAUUAUUCAAAUAAAAGAAAUUGAUUCAUUAUCUAUUUUACAAUCAAAUAAUGAUCAUACAUCAUCAAUUAGUUUAUCAUUUAGUCAACGAACACCUUCAUUAAAUAUAUCAAUUCGUGAUACAUCAUUCUGUUCAAUUGUAUUAAAAUUAACGGGAUCUCCAUCAACUUCAAUCUAUCAUAAUACUCAUUUAGAAAAUUUAUUAAGUCUUUGUAAACCAAAUUCAUUUAUUGAUUUAUCUGUACGUGAAUUAAUUGAUCAAGAUAUGCCAAUUAUUAUACAACGUGCAAUAAUUGAUAAAAAAUGUAAAGGACUUUAUUUAACAGGAAAUAAAAUAUCCAGUCAAAGUAUUUCAAUAUUAUCUGAUACAUUAUAUAAUAAUAUAACAUUAGUUGAAUUAGAUCUAUCUGAUAAUUAUUUAUCUGAUAAUGGUGUUAAAAUUCUUAUGGAUGUACUUUUAACAAAUAAAACAAUACUUAAAAAACUUCAUUUAGGUUCAAAUAAUAUAACUGAUCAAGGUGUACAAUAUCUAACUGAUAUGCUUAAAACGAAUCAAUCAUUAACACAUCUUAUGUUAAAUCGUAAUUCUAUAACUAAUCAUGGUGUAAAUUUAUUAUCAAAUGUUUUAGCUUUACAGAAUAUUUCACUUGAAGUCUUAUCACUUUCAUCAAAUAGUUUAAUAACAGAUUUAAGUAUUGAUUCAUUAAUUAUAAUGCUUAAACAUAAUGAAACAUUAAAAGAACUUGAUAUUCAAUGUUGUAAUAUAUCAAAUAUAAAUAAUCAACGUCUUCAACAAAUAAUUACUGAAAAAAAUAAUUUUAAACUCUAUACACAUACAAAUGAAAAUAGUUGUAUUUUAUCGUAA